AGCUUCUUUAGAAUAUCCUGUCCUCUUCAAGUGCUCUAAUGUCUGUUGCUCUCUGCUUUUUUGCCUGCUCUGUGAGAAACUGAUGGAAGCUGUUUUUUGUUUCUCAUUACAAGUUCCUUCACAGAGAGCAAUGGAUGAUGAGGGGAAAAGCUAUGUUUCUGCUGAAAUAUCUGAUAUGUUUGCAUCAGCUUCUUUUCUGAAUGUAGCAGAUAAACUCUCGCCUAUGGAAUCAACAGUGUUGCCUAAUACAGAGGAGCAGGAGGUGUAUCAGCCUUUGAAAGUAUUCUUGAGAGUGAGGCCUUUUUCUAUAGCAGAGCUUGAAAACCAUGAAUCUCAGGGUUGUGUAACUAUUGAAGAUCCCCAGACAGUAAUUCUUAGUGCACCCAGAGAGUCUUCAGCGCUGAAAAACAGUGAAAGAGGGAUUGGCCGUUCUGUGCAUAGGUUCACCUUUUCUCAGGUCUUUGGACCAGAAACAACUCAGAGUGAAUUUUUUGAAGGUUCAAUGAAAGAGAUAGUAAGAGCGCAUAUUAAUGGAGUGAAUGGACUGGUAUUUACUUACGGGAUUACAAAUGCAGGCAAGACAUUCACUAUCCAAGGGACUUCAAAAGAUUUUGGUAUUGUACCUCGCUCCCUUGAUGUGAUUUUUAACCACAUAAGGGGAAGACAUUACGUGAAGAUGAACUUCAAACCACAUAUGAGCAAUGGUGUUAAGAAACUGGAAGAUGCACAAGUUAAGCAAGAAGAAGCCUUAAAAACUGCUCUUCUUGCAUCACUGAGAGAGGAGACAGAAAGCACCUCAAGUACUUUUACAAGUAUGUGUGAUGUGAAGUCAGAUGCUUCCAACUGUGCUUCAGAGAGUCUUGCUUCUUAUUCACUAGAGAAGAACUUUGUUCCCCUUGAGAUAUUUAGGACUAACAUUCACCAAAGAACACAAGCAUCUGUCUGGAUUUCCUUUUGUGAAAUUUAUAAUGAAUAUGUGUAUGACCUAUUGAAUGUAUUAUCUACAUCAAAAACCCAUAAGCGCAGAAUCUUAAGAAUUUGUGAGGAUCAAGGAGGAAGUUCUUAUAUUAAAGACUUAAAGUGGAUUAACAUUCAGAGCACUGAAGAAGCCUACAAAAUACUGAAAAUAGGAAACAAGAACCGAAGCUUUGCUUGUACUAGAAUGAAUGAGCAAUCAAGUAGGAGUCACAGUAUAUUUUCAAUCAGGCUACUAAGGCUAACUGAUGAACAUCAGCCACACGUUCUUGGAGUUUCUGAGUUGUCUUUUUGUGACUUGGCUGGAUCAGAGAGGUGUAAUAAAACACAAGCCUUUGGAGACAGACUGAAAGAAGCAGGAAAUAUUAAUAAUUCUCUUCAUAUCCUUGGAAAAUGCAUUGCAGCAUUGAAGCAAAAUCAAAAUCCAAAGAUGAAGCCAAGCUAUAUUCCGUUCAGAGAGAGCAAGCUGACUCGUCUGUUUCAACCAUUCUUUUGUGGAAAAGGCAAAGCUUGUAUGAUUGUGAACAUUAAUCAGCACGCUUCCACAUAUGAGGAAACACUACAUGUAAUGAAAUUUUCAGCUAUAGCCAAAGAGGUGAUCCAGACAAUCCUACCCAAAAGUUUUGGUUAUUUUCCACCCAACUUAGUUGGAAGUGAUGGCAAACCUAUCAUGCACUUUGAUGCUAACACAUCUACAGAUGACUUUCCUGACAGUACUAAAAUCUCCACAGAAGAGGAAGUGGACAUCACCAUUCUGAGUCAUGAGGAUCUCUUGAAAACUACAGAGAACCUAAAGGAGAAGCUAGUUGCAGAAAGGCAAAGUAAACUCCUUCUGGAGGUGAAGAUACGUAGAGAGAUGGCAGAAGAAAUGUUCCGACAGCUGUUGGAAACAGAGGAAGCCUGGAGCAACCGCUUGGAAGAUAUGAAAGACAGUUAUGAAGAAAAACUGGAAAGCAAAUUUGAAAUGUAUAAAGAAGCCAUCAAGAAACAUGCAUAUAUGUGUGCAAUGGAACAAAUCGAAGAUAAUUAUGUUCCCAUAGAAGAAUUUCUGGCUGAACAGGAGAAAGUUGAGGAUAGAGAGAGGAAAAUACUGCAAUUGGAAAGGCAGCUUGAUGAACAGUCAGAGAGGCUGUUGGCUCUGGGAGGCCUGAAUUUGGAUGUACAGACUACUGGAAAUAGCAUGAAACUAGAUCUUAUGAACAAGAUGGUGGAGAAAGACACUGAAGGACUGCAGAAACAAUGCAGAGAGAAAGAAGAGCUUAUAAAAUCUCUGAAGCUUAAAAUACAGAAAUUAAAUGAAGCACUGCUAGAAGCUAAUGAAGUCUACAGGAAAGUGGCAGAAGAGAACAGUCAACUGAAGCAUACAGUCAUGCUCAAGGAACAAGAAAUGAACAGUCUUCAGAACUGGGCUAAACGCGUGCUUGAGCUUGAAGAAACAGUGUCUUCCCUGCAAAAACAACUUGAAGAACGGAAUAAACAUUUCUCUACAGAGGAGCCAAAACAACAAAAACCUCGGAGAGGUUUGUUGGCUAACUUGAAAUCCACAGUAGCAGCCAGUGCUAGUACGCCUCUUGGUAAAGGCUGGGGGAAGAAUGAAGAUGCUUCAUCCUCUUCAAGAAAAUAAGUACUGUGGGCUCACAAAGCAAAGGAAUAAUUUGAUUAAUCAAUGCACAAUUACUGGGAUUCUUUCAGUCUUAUGUUAGUAGCUUUCUCUCACUCUCAGAUGCCAACUUAACUGUCAUGUUAACUGGCAAGAGAAAUAGUUACUACAGUCCUAUUUUAAUUGAAUUGGAGUUGAAUUCAGAGCUAUGUUAAGUAAAGACCUAAAUUUGUGCUUUUACUGUUGAUAUAGAGAUGUGAUUUGAGAAAGAUAUACAUAUAUAUAAUUUUAAUUCUUAAGUAACUAUCAUGGUGGUCUAUGCUAAUAAAUGUGUGGUUCAUGCAGAGUGGGAUGUUCCUCAUCUGCUGCUCUUGUUAUCUUUUUUUAAAUAAAGUAUUUCAUUUUCAUUGUUGAUUCCUAGAAAUCAGAUGGUUUGUAAGCUUAAUCUUCAAGUAGUUAAAAUAGCUUGGUUUUUCAGAUGAAUAUUCUGGUUUUGACCUGGAAACUGCCAUCUUGGGACCAAACUGAACAAAUUUGCUAAAUGUAAGGCCUCAAAGACCUCAUUUUAUUGCCUCUAUUAGGUGGCCUCUUCCUAUUUUUCAGCUAACUUGGCUUUUUAAAGGAACUUGUUUCAAUAUAAUUUGAAUUUGGAUUAAGAAUGUCCAUUAUACUUUGAAAGAAUCUAUUUAUAAUAAAAUUUUCCAUUGCUAAAUUAAGUUCUGACUACUCAUUUGUAAAGGUGAAAACUACUCAGUCGGUAAGGGUGAGAUGGUUUUGUUUUGGGUUUGUUUUUUUUCCUUUUAACUACUGUGAAAGUACCAUGCCUCUAACUUCUGAGAAGUGUUUUAGAACAUAGCAGAAUCCCUAAGUAACUUAGAUUGAACCUCGCACUCCCUUUGGAGACACUAGAUGGUGCCGCCUUCCUGUGUGAUGCUGAAAACAGCCUUUCUCUGCUGUGACUGUUCCUGGCGGGGCUUCUGAGUUUUUGGACUGGUCUGUUCAAAUGCAGUGAAUCACUGAGAUGUCUCUAUCCAGGCUGAAGUUGUAGCACUUGAGCCGGUGCUGCUCUCAUGUUUUGAAGUGUCACUGUUAAAUAUAGGUUAUUCAGCUGCAGGAGUUCUAAAGGCCUAUAAUCCUGCCAGGGUAGAAUUUCUAAAAUAUUAUUCUACUCCCACACAAACUAUUCCAGCUAUUAAAAAAUAUUUUGGUGUGGUGAUACAAUACAUUGAUUGUCGAUUCCUGGAAUAAGAAAACUGUUAUGUACAUAAAUUGCUCUAAGAACAGCAGCGUUCAAACAGGAGUUCUAAAAAAAAUAAAUCAUCAGGACAGGCCAACACCGGAAACUUUCUGUAAUACUGUUUCAAAUGAUCUAGUGCUACACCUUGACAGUCUGUCUCUUGUCUGAGAGCCUGUGUUAGCAGGUUUAUAUAACACUAACUAUAACUUCUUAUUCCCUGAGCAACUAGGUUUCCAUGUUCCCUCCUACUUCCCAGGGCUCUUUGGUUGGCUACAGGAAACUCUUUGAAAGACAGUUACAUUUAAAGUAUUUUUUUUUCUACUUAAAAUGAAGCCUGUAGUGAAGUAGUCACCCAUUCUUAACUGUAAUGUUUUCCAAAAAAACUUACACUGGACUGUGUUGCUAUUACAUUAAAGAUAUCUAAGCUGCUUUAAAGGAUAGCUGAGGACUGACUUCCUCACUUCCUGCCCUCCAGACCAAAAAUAAACCCUGACAUGGAUGCAGAAAUGGCUGGUUCAGUCUUUUUCUCCUU